AUGAGUGCUUUGCCACAUGGAAUGGCAAAUGGCCCAACUAGGAAUGAACACUUGGAGCAUGAAGAUGCUCAGAUUUGGGAAAGACCAUGGAGUCUUGAAGAGAUACGGCAACACAGUGCCAACUGGUCUUUAGCUGCUGACUCCGGGCUUUUCCACUUCCUCCAAGACUUCUCCCAGAGAAUGAUGUCAAAAACUCAUGAGAUUGAAAAGCAGUUGGACAGUCUUAUCUGUGACACCAAGGCCACUGACAGCCGCUUGCACUCCGUCUUCAAUGACUUUCUAAUGCUUUCUAAUACACAGUUUAUUGAAAAUAGAGUGUACGAUGAAGAAGUGGAGGAGACCGUUCCCAAAGCUGAUGCACUAGAAAAGCAACCCGAGCAGGAGAAGACUCGAGAGCAGAAAGAGGCAGAGUUGAUCCCCAAGAUGCAGGAAGCUGUGAACUACGGUCUAAAGGUUUUAGAAUCCGCGUUUGAGCAUCUGGACGUCAAAGCAGGGAACUCUGACUCGGAGGACGAGGACAUCACAGAACGAGUAGAGCCCAUCCUGGAGCCCAAGGAUCUGUAUGUGGAUAGGCCACUUCCUUAUCUGAUUGGUUCUCAAGCCUUCAUGGAACAAGACGAUGUAGGACUUGGUGACCUGUCAAGUGAUGAAAUGUCUGUUGACAGUGACAGGGACAGUGUGAUUGACAGUGAAGAUGGCAAGGAAACAAUUCAUUCGGAUGAGGACUCGUAUCAGGAGGAGCAGGAAGAUCACAAUAACAUUAAAAAGAAGUCAUCCAUGGUUAGUUAUGAAGAAGAGGAGGAGGAGGAGGAUUCUGACAUAUUUGGAGAAUCAGACAAGGAUGAUGAUAUUGAUGACUCAAAACAAGCAGACACUUCAUCCUUUACUAACGAGCUCACUGCUCGAAUCAAAGGAGAAAUCGUCAACAGGAUGGAGGGAGAUCGUGCGUCUUUAUCAUCUAAGAAGAAGAGUAAAGCCAGAAAAGAAUCAAAACCUACAAAUUCACAGGCUGAAGAGGACAGCGAUGACAUGUUUAAGCCUCCCAAGAUGGAUGAUGAGGACUUCUCCCCAUUUGGAGGAACAAGUGGCCUCUUCAGUGGGGGAAGAGGCCUCUUUGACGAUGAUGAUGAGGGAGAUCUUUUCUCUGAGGCACCACAGUCUGUGGUGAAAGAGCAAAAAGCCACCAAUGUACCGGUACAUGUGAAAAACACAGUUCAAACAGAAUCUACCAAACAUAAUAAGAUUCCAUCCGGAGCUGUAUCCAUAUUCCCAGCUAACAGCCUUUUCAGUUCACAACGUGACUCUGGUUCAGAGGAGAGAAAGGAGAAUGGCACUGCAGCUGUUGAGACCCAUGCUGCCCCCAAAGAAACUCCCACAGGAGCUGUUGGUGGUGGAGGAAAAGGAUUGUUUGAUGAUGAAGAGGAGGAAGAUGAUGACUUCUUCAAUGAUAAAAGCCUGAUAAACCCUGAUUCUAUUGUACAAGAGAAACCUAAGCCUAAGACACAUAUUGACCUUUUUGAUGAUGAGGAGGAGGAGGAUGGGGACAUUUUCAAAGGCAGCGAAUCAACUUCAACUCAGAGCAAGAAGGAGGUUGUGGAAAAACCACCUGAGAAAAAGAUGCCGCCUGGGGCCAUUUCCACAUUUGGUCCUGCGACUAAAAGCCUGCUGAGUGAAAGUCUGAAGAAACGCCAAGCAUCCGCCAGCGAGAAAUCUGAGAAAUCUGGCAUGAAUGGUCCUGUAGCUGAUGUUGGAAAAGCUGCCGCUAAGCAAACUGAAAAUCUUCAGACCAGAGGUCUCUUCUCUGAUGAUGAAGACUCCCAGCUAUUUCCAGCCAUUCCUAAAAGCCAGUCUAAACCUGAACCUACAAGCCGGGGAAAAACCAAUAAAGCGCCUUCGUCGUUAUUUGAUGAUGAGGAAGAAGAGGAUCUGUUUUCAUCAGCAGCUGAAUCUAAAGGAACAACCCCUCAGUCUAAAUCUUCCAUACCACAACCCGCUGCGUCCAGCUCCCUUUUCAGCGACGAUGAGGACCAAUGGAUGGCUUCAAAAAGUAGCACAACGAAGCCAGACAGCAAGACAGGAGGGAUGAAAACUAGUACCAGUGCCCCAUCCAGGCUCCCGAGCACCAAACCCUCUCUAAAGAGCAGCCUGUUUGAUGACGAGGAGGAUGACGACCUGUUUGCUCUGCCAAAAGAGUCAAAUCAGAACAAACCCCAGAAGGUUGCUCUCCUGUUUGAAGACGAGGGUGAUAAUGACAAUGAAGGAUCUCUGUUUUCCACUAAACCUGCUGUUAACAUAAACAAAGAACCUCCAGCUAAAGCACCUGUUGCCCCCCUUCAGUCAUCCGUGCCUGAGGAAGCUGCAGCAUCUAAGACCGCAGCAAAGGAGGAAGCACAGGUGCAGCAGAAACCUGUAGAAAAAACUCCUGAACAGCUCUCACCUUUGCCAUCACAGGAGAGCGCCGCAAGUAAAAAGAAGCCUGCAGGAGCCGUCAGUCUCUUCGGUGGCAUUGAUGUUCUUAAUGACAAGCAGACAAAGACCCCGCUGGAUGGAACGGAACAAGAUGACAUCUUCCUCUCUAAGGAAAGCCCUCCACCAAUACGGAAGGAGGAGGAAAAGAAUGAAGCGAAGGGCAAAACAAAAACCGUUAGUCUGUUUGAUGAUGAUGAAGAGGACGAUGAAUCAGAUUGGAGUGAUUCGGUGUUCGUGCCCAGUCAGCCUACAGCAUUGACGACACAAAAGUCUGCAGAGGAGAGGCCGCAGCCUAAAAGCACAGGUGUGUUCCAGGACGAAGAGUUGCUGUUCAGUCACACUCAGCAAAAGGACAAUGACCCGGAUGUCGACCUCUUUGCAACCUCAGGGAAAGCUGCUAGCUCAGAGGUCAACUCAGUGAAAUCAAUGGCACAGAGUCUGUUUUCAGAUGAUGAAGAUGACCUUUUCAGCGUCGUCAAGCCAAAACCUCCACCUCCGAAGGUUGCAGAGAAACCCAGCAAACUGCACGACAAAGCACCACUCGCAAGCCCAGAUCCAGUGUCAGAGAUUCAGAAACCUGCACAAAGUCCUGUAAAACCUAAAGAUUUCUCAUCAAGGAUUGGGAAAAUUCAAGCCAGCCUGAUGAUCAACCCUGCUGCUUUGCUCCCCGGUGCUGCUUCUAAUAUGUCUGGAACUUACAGUUCCUCCUCUGGGGUCUCCAGCUCCAGCCUGAGUCCAAGUCCUGUUUCAACCCCCGUAGGGGCUCAGGCAGAGAGUGAAGGAGGUGUGAGCUUUGAGACCCCAGUGCAGGUCACAACACUGCAGAGUGCACACAAGACUCGAGUAAAAGGUUCUUUACUUCGAAGACCCCAAUCCAGAGCAGCACGGCAGCAAGCAGCUCAAACAUCCAUGGAUGGUAAAAAAGGGGGCCUUGAAGAUGUCCUUGGGCAAACUUCCAGUCCGUCUGGUUCAGAAAAACCCAGCCAAGCACAUGUAGUUCCACCAUCUAACUCAGCUGCACCUCCAACAUUGCCAACACCCUCAGCUGUGCAGCCUUCAACCACUCCGAUCUCUCCCAGACCCUCUGAACUGACUCUGCCAGUAACGAAUGCUGGGAAGAGGGGCUCUAGCAAGGACAGCAGCAGUGCUAGCGCACCGCUAUUAUCUGAUGAAGACGACCUCUUUGGCUCUGACAGUCUUUUCAAAUCCGUUUCUAAUAAACCCAAGUCAUCCACAAAAGAAACUACCAAGACCAGUCAGCCUCACACCAGUAGUGGGAAGGGACUGAAGAAAGACAAAGAGAUAAGCACACUUCCUUCUAUUUUUGACGAUAACACUGAUGACUUUUUCCAAACUGUGAAGUCACAAGCAGCCACAAAGAAAGCUCCCAAGGUCUCAUCCUUCUUAGAGGAAGAUGAUGAUGAUGACAUUUUUGGACUGAAUAUUUCAACAUCUACAUCCAAAAGUAGCAAAGAAAUUAAGAACGGUAGCAGUUUUUCAAAUCAGGACAUCUUUCAGGAUGAAGCAACCACUGUGCCUAAAGUUCAGAAGAAGCUUAAAGAGAAGCCCAUCGAUGCUAGCUUGUUUGAUGAUAACGUAGACAUUUUUGCUGACCUAACAGACACUUUAAAACCCAAACAAAAGUCCAAAACAAAGGGAGAAUCUAAAUCAAUAUUUGAUGACGACAAGGAUGAUAUUUUUUCAACGAGCACAGUAAAACCAGCAGCAAAGGCUCCCAAUAAAUUAAAGAAUACGCCACCAUCCCAGAAGAUCGAUACAGCAGCAGAUUCCAGCAACAUAUUUGAUGACCCACUUAACGCUCUGGGUGGGAACUGAUGUUUUGUACUGGUCAGAUUUGUAAUAUUGUGGAUUUAUUCUUUUGACAUUGGCAGAUCAUUUAAAUAUAUUGGAUAAUAGAGUAUUUAUUGCUAUAAAUUCAAAUCAGUACUGUGGCUUUAUUUUUGGGCUGCUAAAUAUUCAAAUGAUUAUGAUUCGUGUCAUCAUCCAGCAACAUUUUCAUGGUCAUAUUGGCAUCCAUAAUAUAAAUUUAGUCUUUAUUAUACAUAACAGCACUUUAUAAGCAUACAUUAUGCUUUGCCUCGAGGCC